AGAAAAUUUUUGUAAAGGAAGAAGUUGCUUCAAAUGAUCGGAGGAACAUUUUUGGGAUACCCUGUAUAUUCUAAUUCGAUACAAUUCUCGCGAGUUACGUCUGUUCUGCAAGCUCGAAACGAUCCGUAUUCCCUGACGUGGAUUAUGUGAAACGUUUACGCUCGUGACAGGCUAUAACGCAUCUCUAACGAGCGUUGAAAGUGAAAGUUAUCUAAAAUAUAUGAGACCUGACAGCACGAAGCGUCUUAACGGUUAUCCAAUUGUGUAUGCUCCUUCCAAUUAACUAGAAUGACUUCGACAAUCCUAAGUAAAUGCUGCUACUGUCUUCCAAGUUUCUCUAUUUCGUAGCUCUUCCUAUGCAUUAGUUAAUAACUCGUUAACGGUGCCUCGGAGAGAAUUUUUUUAAAGGAAGAAGUUGCUUCAAAUGAUGCGAGGAACCCGCCAUUUCCGUAUUGCGAGACAUUUUUGGGACACUCUGUAUAAUAGCAAAAUAGAAUCGUCAAAUCCCGUAAUAUAAUUAUUGAUAAGUUCUCCUUCUUAACUAGCCACGGAGUUCUCUUCAACUUUAUCAACAGAGAACCAUGUAACAAUUACUGCGUCGUACGCAGCCGUUCAAAUUCAAAAUGGCGUCCGCUGAACGCGUUAAGUAACGCGGAACGGCGACAUAAGCCGACUAACGUCCGUCAAAAGCUUAUAAUAAACAACGACAAGGGAAACUGACGACUGUAAUUCAUUGAAAUCCCCAUGUUUUUCUCAGCCGGUAUCGUCGCAAUGUCGAGAAGACGAUGAGCGCGAGAUCGCAACGUGGGAUCCACGACUCGUCGACAGCGAAGAAGCUGGCCACGCCGCGUUUCGCCGUGAAAACCGACGAGAGAAGGAUGCCAGCUAUCACGUACGAUUACGACGCCGCCGUCAGCCAACCGGACGUGCCGAAUUUCCUCAACGCGAGGAAGAACGGCCGCUGCCCGAUGGUUAGUGGGGCAUCGCUUGGAAAACGGGCCGUUAAGGUUCGCAACGUUCGCGGCCGAUUUACGUCAGGGAAGAAUUUUCAGAAAAGAUAUCAGGCACCGGGGGCGACGAGGCGAGCGAGAAACAAUGCGGCGAAACCGGCGGCGAACAAAACCGUCGAUUCCGUGAAAGAGUCGACAGCGUCCGGGACUUCGGACGAGGAGAAAGACGAGAAGGGGAACGACGUCGGUAACGGGGUCGUCGACGUGGAGGACCUGACCAAUUUUUUGAAGCAAACGACGGAAACGCAGAAUUUGUCGUACAAGAUCACGACGAUCGAGGUGAUCGGCAAAGGUAACGCGGAUCACGCGGCCGAGAACGUCGAGGACGACGAGAAGGCGAAGGAAAACGAGGAGCCACUGGAAUGCAAAAAUGCUACGACGUCGCCUGUGCCACCGGUGAAAAGCAGCAGAAUCCCCAGGGCGAAGAUCGUCGCUUUGCCGAUGCAAACUGUUCAGGAGUUUCGUUCGGGUAAGAGAACGACGACCAACAGGAAACUGAAAGACUGCACGAAUUCCAAGUGUCCUCCUGGCUGCGACCUGAAGAACAACGUCGAGCUAGCAGAGAAGGGAGCAGCGGAGAAGUCUGAUCAAGCUCAGGGCGAAAUUCAGCUCGAGGAGGUUCGUUUGGAGAGAACUGUGAAGGAAACGAAAAUAGUCUGGGACGACGAGAAAACUUCAGGAACAGAGGCGAGCGGCUUCCGGGCACAGUCGUCGACCGACGACUCCGCGGCCCUCGCCGACGACGUCAACGAUCCACGAGUCCUGUCGAUCCUACAGACCCUGAAAUUGAAUUGCCCCUGCAAGACCUGCACGAAUCAGGAUCUGGCAUCCUCGAGCCGACCGGAAGACGACAGUGACUUGAAGAGUUCGUCUCCCGAGGAAUGCAAGAAGAAGAAAUGGCCGCUCAGGCACCGCGAGUACGUCGACACGAGCUCCGAAGCGACCUCGUCCGACAGGAACAACGACAGAGAGAAAAGGAAGAAAUGGAGCAAGAACAAAGCGAAAAAUCCACCGAUUGUUCGCGAGAAGGCCACCUCGUUGGUGAAUGCGAACCUAAAAUCGUCUUCCGGUCGUCAGCGGUCCAACUUCUCCUUCUUCAACACCCUCUUCGACAUCGUCUUCUGGCCGUACGUCUUCCUGAAGUCGAACCGUUGAUCGAACGUUACCAAUUUUCAGUGACGAAGAGCUCUCAAUCGAGUUCUUCAUUAUUAUUAUUAUUAUUAUUGUUAUUAUAUUAUGUUAACACCGCAUCAUAUUUUGCAAGCGCGUUUGUAACUUUUCCAACGAAGAUUUUUUUCUUUGUAACAUUACAACCGUGCGAUCUCUACGAUCGUUGACCUUGUUCUUCACGGUGUAAUGAUCAUGCACAAGCAUUUUCAGAAGAUGCGAACGUGCAAGUUACAAGUAAGCUUAAAGCUAAGUAUGCUUCGAGCAACGUGAACGAGAUUCCCAGAGGAUGGUCGAGGAGCAAUGACUUACAGAAUGUCAACAAUGUGAAGUAUUUCUAUGAUUCUCGUGUUUACAGUAAAAAAAUCUUUCGCGCA